ACUUCUGAGUGGACCGGUGGAGGCGUGGGGUAGGUGGGCUGAGCCGGUUGCACUUCUCCGCCUCCAGUCCCCCGGCCUUGCCUCCCUCUCCCUUUCUACCCUGGGCCAGGAUGCCGCAGUUCCAGACCUGGGAGGAGUUCAGCCGCGCAGCCGAGAAACUCUACCUCGCCGACCCUAUGAAGGCACGUGUGGUUCUCAAAUAUAGGCAUACUGAUGGGAGUCUGUGUAUGAAAGUAACAGAUGAUUUAGUUUGUUUGGUGUAUAGAACAGACCAAGCUCAAGAUGUAAAGAAGAUUGAAAAAUUCCACAGUCAACUAAUGAGACUUAUGGUAGCCAAGGAAUCCCGCAGUGUUGCCAUGGAAACAGACUGAAUGGUUUGAAAUGAAGACUGUCUUGUUUUAGGAAGUAAAUAUCUUUUGAAUUUGGGAAAGUUUUGGGACAGAAAAUACUUUAUGUAACUGAGUGGGUUAUUCAAGAUCUGAUCAGUAUCUGAGAGAUCUUUUUUGUACUUGGUUUUUUAAUGUUUAGAGAGCAAGAGAGCCUUUAUUUAUUUUUUGGAAAUUGAGCAAGAUAGGCAGCUAAGAAAGUUUUUGCGAAUUAUAUUAUGUUAGGCAAAAUAUAUAAUUAUAUCUCUGGUAAAUUGGUAUCAAUAAUUUGAAAAUGAGGUAUCAGGAGAAGCCAGUUGUUCCUUAAAUUUAAUCUAUCUUUAAAAGAAAAUUACAUGUUAACAUUUUGCUGGAUUGACAUUUCUUUUGGAGCAUAAAAAUUUGUGCUAUUAAUGACCAACAAAUAUAAAAUAGUCACUGGAAUUAACUAUGCACAUAGUAUAUCUAAUUAUGUAUAGUAGUAUAAUCUCAAUUAUAUCUAAAAGUACUUUUGAGUGACAGGUAUGCUUUACCUUAAACUUUCCAGAUUUAGACUAUAUUUUUGAAUGUAAGGGAUUUGUAUUGUGAUUGCUUGUUGAACUAUGACUUACUCUGAAUCCAUUUCUCAGUGAUCAAAAACAACCGUAGUUACUUUGAAUGGUUAAGCUGAAUGAUGAUCUCUAAUGGACUGAAAUCACCAUAUUACAGGAAUAUUUACUGUGUAUUUCCUAUCUAUAGUUUCUCAGAAGGGCUAAGGAUUAUUUGAAUUGUUAAAUCUUUGCAUACCUCCAUGACACCCCUCCCCAUUUUUUCUCAUGGUGUUAAGCAUGACUUACAAAUGUUAUGUUUUCCAGUAAACCAGAGUGUGGUAUUAUUUGAUAUUUAUUUUAUAUUUGUAACCUGAAUUUUACCACCUAAAUGUAAUUUUCACAUGUUGAUUCUUCAAGAGUGAAAUGAAGGGACUAAUUAAAAUAUUUUUUGUUAGAAAUUUGUCAUGUUGAGCGACACUUUCAUAUGGAAAGUUCCAUUAUCAGUAUGAAUUUCGGCAUGUUUCAAAGAGGUCAGCAAAUAAAAUAUUACUCAAAUAUAUAUUCUGUUGAAGUUUUUAACUUCUCAAGAGUUAAUGAUUUCUUGACUGGGACAUACUGUAUUCAUUUAGUCUGAAGUGAGCCUAAUGUUACUGAAAAAAAAUGUCUUCUUGGAUUUUUAUUUCUCAGCACUUAUACUAUAUGAUUUUUUUCUGAGCUGUAUGUUGACAGCAAAGUUGUUUUCUUGAAUAAGGGAAGUAGCAUCCAAUUGUGUAGUGUAGUUUUAAUAGGGUCACUGAGGUUCUUUUUGGCCUUUUUCUCAUUUACAUCUUUCACU